UUGUUUGUCAACUGUCAAUUAUAAAACACGUGAGUUGUGAUAAUUGUCAUUAUUGUUGAAAAAUAGUUAAAAGAUUUGUUUAUAUGCUAUUAAUUAUAUGAGAAAAUGCAGCAAGCUCAUCGAUCUGGAAAUUUAAAGCAGAGCAAUAAAGCUCACAAGUCUCGUCAUAGGUCUAAACGAGGCAUUUCCGCAGCAGUUAAAGGUAAAGUAAAUAUUAAGGAAAUUGUUCGACGAAAUCGCCAUAUAUUAAAAAAAGAUGAACGACGUCAUCAAGCUUUACAAAUUCGUAAAAAUAAACGCGAAGAAGUACUUUCGAAGAAACGUGCUCUCGGUGGGAACCGAAAUCCACCGUUUCUUGUGUGUGUCGUUCCGCUGAAUGCGCAGUUGGAUGUACAGUCCGCAUUGGCUAUAUUAAGAACAUGCUCUGAAGGAACUGUUGUCAGUCAGUCUCUGAGUGGUGUAUUACAUAUAGGGUUACCUAACUUCAAGCAGCGUUUUUCAUUUAUUUGCCCUGAAAUCGAAAAUGAAUUUGCUCUUCUUGAUGCUCUUAAAAUUGCAGAUACAGUUUUAUUUGUUAGUUCUGCUCUUGAUGAACCAGUUGAUGAGUGGGGAGAAAAAGCCUUAGCAUUGUCAAUGGCUCAGGGUAUGCCAACACCUAUUGUAGUAGCUAUGGACAUAGAAGGAGUACAUCCUAAGAAACGGACUAGUGAAAAACAAAAUGUACAAAAGCUUGUUUCAAAGUGGUUGCCAGAAGAAAAAAUUAUGCAAUUGGAUAAGAGCUCUGAUGGUUUAAAUGUGCUACGGAGAAUUGGUAAUCAAAAAAGAAAUGUUAUACAUCAUAGAGAAAAGAGACCUUAUUUGCUAGCUGAAGAUGUUGAGUAUGUGCCAGAUGCAGAAGGGGAGAGUGGUACACUUAAAAUAAGUGGUUACUUGCGUGGCAUGCCUUUGAAUGUAAAUGGCUUGGUUCAUAUAACUGGGUUAGGUGACUUUCAAAUGGUUAGAAUUGAUGGACUAGAUGACCCACAUCCUUUAAACUUAGGCAAAGAAAGUACAAAAACUGACACAAUGGAUGCUGAAGUCACUAAAGUAUCUGUGUUACAAGUAGCCGACCCAGGCAAACAAGAAUCCUUAGUAUCUGAAAAUAUUCCUGAUCCAAUGGAAGCAGAACAAACAUGGCCAACAGAGGAAGAAAUCAAACAAUCAAAUAUUGAAACAAAGAAAAAGAUUAAAAAAGUUCCAAAGGGUUGGUCUGACUAUCAGGCAGCUUGGAUUGUCGAGUCUGAUGUAGAAAGUGAUGGUUCUGAGGGAAGUGAGGAUGAAUGUGGUGAUGAUGAAGUCGAUGAUGAUGAAUUUAUGUCAUGUGAAGAAGAACAUUCAGACCAAGAAGCUAACAAGGAAGAUAAUGAUUUUGAAUCUGUCACAGAAUCAGUAGUUGGUCCAACCGAUGAAAAAUAUGAUGCUACAAUUGAUGCAUAUGAGGAACAUGAAAUGCUGAAGAAAUUAUUAGCUGCUAAGGAAGACCAACAGUUUCCAGAUGAAGUAGAUACACCACAAGAUGUACCAGCAAGGGAGAGAUUUAUGAGAUAUAGGGGUUUAGAGUCAUUUAGGACUUCGCCAUGGGAUCCUAAAGAAAAUCUCCCAGAGGAUUAUGCUAGAAUAUUCCAGUUCGAAAAUUAUGAAAGAACAAGGAGAAGAGUUUUUAAGGAGCUUGAAGAUAGUCUUGUUAAUAUGUAUGGCUUCUACAUAACUAUUCACGUGAAGAAUGUUCGACAAGAUUUAUGGAACGCGUUCCAUACAGCCAAUGCUAAUGCUCCACUAUCUGUUUUUGGCCUUUUACCACAUGAACAUAAAAUGUCAUUGAUGAAUGUAGUAUUAAAACGUACUGGAGCUAGUGAUGAGCCGAUAAAGAGCAAGGAAAGAUUAAUAUUCCAAGUGGGCUACAGAAGAUUUAUUGUCAAUCCAAUUUUUAGUCAGCAUACUAAUGGUAGUAAACAUAAGUAUGAGCGUUUCUUCCAGCCAGGAUCAACAUGUGUAGCAACAUUUUAUGCGCCCAUUCAAUUUAGUCCGUCAACAGUCCUAUGUUUCAAAGAAAAGAGGAAUACAAAAUUACAACUAGUUGCAUCUGGAGUUCUACUGUCAUGUAAUCCUGACAGACUUGUGAUAAAGAGGAUCGUUCUCUCUGGUCAUCCAUAUAAGGUUCACAAGAAGUCUGCAGUUAUCAGGUUUAUGUUCUUUAAUAGAGAUGAUGUGGUAUACUUCAAACCAUGCAAAUUGAGAACGAAGUAUGGACGUACUGGUCAUAUAAAGGAGCCUUUAGGAACUCAUGGCCAUAUGAAGUGUGCAUUUGACGGUCAGCUGAAAUCUCAAGACACAGUCCUUCUGAAUUUAUAUAAACGUAUUUUCCCGAAAUGGAACUACGAAAACUGUAUCGUUACAGACAGAGACGGAAAACAAAACGACGUUGCUAUGGAAUAAUGUAGAUACAUUUAAAAUAAAUUUAUAUUGUAUAUUUAAUUA